UGCCACCAAGGGCUGUUGGGGCUGCAGGGGCUGGUGCUGGGGCUUUGGCCUGGCAGUUGGUGUGUGGUAGCAGUGACCCCUCAGUGGCAUUGAGCAGUGUCCAAGGGCUCACACUCGCCCAGCACCAGCCCCUGCAGCCCCAAAUAUAUUUAGAAAAGUGCCCAGACCAAAAAUAGAGGGAAAAUGUUUCCCCAGUGACUGUUUCAUCUGCCAGUCACAACAAAAGCCAAUGGGGCAUGCUGAUGCCUCAUGCCCCAAAAGCUCUGUGCCCACUGUCAGGUGGAUAGACAGAGCUGGGCAGACCUGAUGACACCACACUGAGGAGCCAGGGACCAUCUGGGAAGGGGCCUUGCAGCAUCCUGCCUUGCUCCACCAAGGGGACCCAACAGAACACCAGGCUCUGCCCCACACAUCUGCCAAUGGUGAGGAGUCCCUGUGCCUGAUCACCAUUGCCAUGUCCUCUAUGGUGCUUCCAGCAUGGCAGGACUGCUUUCUGCCAGUGGUGUCUGCUCCCACUACCCUCCCCAUGACAGGUUAAGGGGUCCCAUGGGAUGCAGGGUGGGGACACCCCAAGGACAGCCCUGGCUUGGGUCUCUGCACCCCUGGCUGGGGGAUGGGGUUUGGUGGGUUGUGGGGUGGCUGUGUCUGGAGGGCUGCUGUCUUGCAGGGCACAGCAGCAUGUACCAUGGGGGACUGGAGCCUGCUGGGGUGGCUGCUGGAUGCCCAGGAGCGCUCCACAGUGGUGGGGAAGGUCUGGCUCACCAUCCUCAUCUUCCACAUCCUGGUGCUGGGUGCAGCUGCCGAGCGGGUCUGGGGCGAUCAGCUGUCUCGUUUCUCCUGUGACACGCAGCAGCCUGCCUGCCAGAAUGCCUGCUACGCCAGCACCUUCCCCAUCUCCCACCUCCAUUUCUGGGUCCUGCAGAUUAUCUUCAUCUCUACCCCCAGCCUCGUGUACCUUGGCCACAUCCCGCACCUGUUGCAUCUGGAGGAGAAGGCGCAGCAGCAAGCGGCGGUACAGGCUGGCAGCUGGGCCAGGCGGCAGUGCCCCAGGCAGCCUCAGCUCCCUGUGGGGGAUGCACAGGGACAGGUCUGCAUGCAGGGAGCUAUCUUGAGGACAUAUGUCUGCAAUGUCAUCUUCAAGGCUCUCUUGGAAGUGAGCUUCAUUGUGGGCCAGUAUGCCUUGUAUGGGUUCCAGCUGAAGCCUCUCUAUACCUGCAGCUGCUGGCCCUGUCCUAACACCGUCAACUGCUACACCUCCCGGCCCACCGAGAAGACCAUCUUCAUCCUCUUCAUGCUGGGAGUAGCCUGCGUGUCCCUGCUGCUCAACCUGGUGGAGAUCUACCACCCGGGUCUCACCAAAUGCUGGCAGGGGCCAGGGUCCAAGUCUUGCAUCCUGCCCAGAGCUGGCAGCUCUGCGGGGCCCCCCAGCACCCACCUUACCCGGCCCAGCGGUAGCAGCCCCAUGGCUGCUGGAAGACCCCCCCAAGGCCUGGCACCCCUGGGAAGGGCAGGUGCAUGGCUGGGGGUAACCAGUGGGUCCCACAGGAAGGCACGAGCAGCAGACCUGGCAGUGUGAACAUGACCUGCUGGGAUGCUCAGGGAUGGGUGAUGUACAAGUGGCCACAGUUCUGUGGUUCUGUCUCCAGGCCCUGGCAGGCUUGUGGAACAGACCUCAUGGCCAGUGCAAUGUGGAUGGGCACGGACCCAGGGGCACAGCUCGGCUGCUCCCCUGUGCUCCUGGGCGCCCUGGAGUUGAAAAUAGAGCCGGGCUGGGGUAGGGGCCUGACAGCCCUGGAUAAGGAAAUAAACACCCACUGCACCUCA